CCAAAUUCGAGCCUCUUUUAUCUGAGGCUAAUAAACAAUAAAGCAAAAAAAAACAAAAUAAAUUGAAUACCUCAGUUUCAAAAUGGCUUCAAUGAGGCUACUUGCAAUAAUUGCCAUUCUGGUUCAGGGCUUGGUUAUUGGUGAUUCUCAAGAGUUGCCUAGUUUCGAUCCGGAACUAGCCGUAGCCAAAGUUUUGGAAGUUGCUGAAGGCAAGGUCGGCCCUGAUGUUAAAAUUUUUAAUGUGGUGGAUUUCGGUGCCAAGCCCGAUGGAGCCACCACUAGCACCAUCAAUUUUAUUAGGGCAUUCAAAGAAGCUUGCAAUCACAAUGGCCGUGCAAUGCUGGUGAUCCCUGAGGGAAAUUUCGUAGUAGGAUCGAUGUUAUUGUCCGGACCUUGCACUUUUCAACCUCCGUUGAUGGUUCAAUUCGCCGGAAACCUUUUGCCGCAAGGUUCAACGGUCGCGGCCGAAAAUGCAGACUGGAUCACAUUCAUGAACUUUAAUGGCUUGUUCAUAAGUGGAAAAGGUAUCAUCAAUGGCCAAGGCGAGAAGAAGGCAUGGAACUCUGUAUGCGAUGGUUGCCGUCGACAGUCUGCUAGUUUGAAGUUAAUCAAGUUGAACGACGUGCUCAUUAGUGGCAUUACCUCCGUCAACCCUAAAGGGUUCCAUAUGAUGAUCAGCGUUUGCAGCAACUUCGUGAUCACCAACGUUAAUAUAUCGGCUCCGGAUGAAAGCCCCAACACGGACGGCAUUCACAUGAGCAAAACAAAUAAGGUCAGAAUAAGCGACAGUAUCAUCGGCACUGGCGACGAUUGUGUCUCAAUGAUCCAUGGAACCACCAACGUCACCAUUGAGAACGUCAAAUGUGGCCCCGGACACGGUUUCAGUAUUGGUAGUCUUGGACACUACGAAGAUGAGUUCGAUGUUUUUGGAAUCACCGUGAGGAAUUGCUCAUUAUCCCACACAGAAAAUGGUGCAAGAAUCAAAACAUACAGAAAUGAAAGUCCAUCUAAAGCUUCAGGCAUUAUUUUCCAAGAUCUCAUCAUGGACAAUGUUAAGAACCCUAUUCUCAUCGAUCAAGAAUAUGCAACGAUUAAAGGCAGUGUGGACUCAAAAGUGCUCAUCUCCGACGUUGAAUUCUCAAACAUCAGAGGAACAACAAUAAGCAAAAUUGCUAUAGUCCUAGCUUGCAGCCCAACAUUUCCAUGCCAAGGCAUUACCCUCAAGGACAUUCACUUAGAGUAUUCCGGUCCUCCCGAUCAUAAUGAAGACACUCCCUUCAGUUCUAACUGCACCAACGUCAAAGUUAACUACAUCGGCGAGCAGAUGCCACCGCCCUGCGCUUAACUCUUAUCUCUUCAUGGCGGUCCAACAAACUCCGGUUUAUUAUUUUUUAUUGCGGUGUAUCAACUUUAUUUGUGUCUGAGCCAAAUGUAAUUGAAGGAGCUACUUCAAUGCAUAAUAUAGCGGGCGUUGGAUGUUCUAAAAAAAUCGGAUUAGUGCUUGAUGGUAUUUUUUUAUUAUCGGAUGUAUAGAAAAAAAUAUUUAUUAUUAAUACUACAUAUCUAUAUGUUAAUGUAUUCAUUAUUUGGUUA